UUAUUACAUGUGUUUUUGUAGACCAUAUCCCGGUCACCCAAUAAAAUAACAAUCCCCCAAAAUUCCCCUUUCCCUUCGAAUUUCGAAACCCUAAUUUUAGCCUCCAUCCCCUGAUUACCAGAUCUACAUCGCCGCAAAGAUCUGAUUCGACUCGUAAUCGGCUCCAUUGAUAUUCAUUCAUGUUGUUAAGAUCCGUAUCGAUAAUCAAGCGGCACUGUUGAUAUUAAUACAUGUUCUGUUUCCUCACGAAAUUUCGAUAAAUUUUGAUAAAAAUUGAACGAUUUUGUUAUGAGAAAUGUCGCUUUUGUCAAAAAGCGAUUCGAUUCAGAUUCGCGAGGUGUGGAAUGACAAUCUCGAGGAAGAAUUCGCGUUGAUUCGAGAAAUCGUUGAUGAUUUUCCGUACAUCGCAAUGGAUACUGAGUUUCCUGGAAUUGUUCUUCGUCCGGUCGGUAAUUUCAAAAACAGUAACGACUAUCAUUACCAGACGUUGAAGGAUAACGUCGAUAUGCUCAAAUUGAUUCAGUUAGGGCUAACUUUUUCGGAUGAUCAAGGAAAUUUACCGAUGUGUGGAACCGAUAAGUUCUGCAUCUGGCAGUUCAAUUUUCGUGAAUUUAACGUGAAUGACGAUGUUUUUGCAAAUGAUUCUGUUGAGCUGUUGAAGCAGAGCGGUAUCGAUUUUAAGAAAAAUAACGAAAACGGAAUCGAUGCGCGUAGAUUUGGUGAGUUGUUGAUAUCUUCAGGGAUUGUGCUGAAUGAUAGCGUGUAUUGGGUAACAUUUCACAGUGGAUAUGAUUUCGGAUAUUUGUUGAAAGUGUUAACAUGUCAGAAUCUGCCUGAUACACAAUCUGGAUUUUUUAGUUUGAUUAAUAUGUAUUUUCCCACCAUUUUCGAUAUUAAACAUCUGAUGAAGUUCUGCAACAGUCUUCAUGGUGGGUUGAAUAAGUUAGCUGAGUUAUUGGAAGUCGAAAGGAUUGGUGUUUGUCAUCAAGCGGGUUCGGAUAGUCUGCUUACUGCGUGUACUUUCAGGAAGUUGAAGGAUAAUUUCUUCAGCGGGUCGUUGGAGAAGUAUGCUGGUGUCUUGUAUGGUUUAGGUGUCGAUAAUUGACGACAAUGGUAGAGGAAAUAAGCAACGAUUUGUUAAAAAAGAUAUCGAUAUGUUGGUUUUGUUUGUUCUUGUUUGCGAUAUAUUCAUGGUUUACAUUUUUUUAUGAUUUAUAAUAAAAAGAUGCAGCUGGUAUUUGAUGUCUA